AUGCUCGGAACUUCUAAAAUGUACCUUGCAUUCUUGUUUAAAGUAAAGCACUGGCAGCACAGACGAGAUAAGAAGAAAUGGGAAAAGGAAGAUGAUUUAAAAUGGGAAAAGGAAGAUGAUUUAAAGGCGUACGAACGCAGAGCGAAGGCAGUUUUGCGCGUAAUGUAUGCCACGCUGGUGAAUGUAGUCUACGAGAUGCACGAGCAAGUUAAGGAAUACGCUGCCAAACCAAGUGAUGACCUGAAGAACGUCAACUGGUUGAAUUUCGACUGGUCCAAAAAAUGCUUGUCUUGGUGGUCAGUCUCCGAGAUCUACGAUCUCGUAGACUUCGACCUCGCACGUCUGACCAGAGUUCUGGACCGCGAAGAGCAACGUGAACUCCUUAAAGACCUGGACAAACGCGCCAAGGAUCUGGUCCAUUUCGCCGUGUUCCAUCGAAAAGCAACUGCUGACAAGCGAUAUAAGGAGUGGGUGGUUGCGAUCCGAGGGACGGCCUGGUACAGGGAUGGAUUAUCCGACCUGAAAAUCAUCUUCGAGACGUUUCACACCUCGAGCCUGGUCAAGUUGCUUGAGAAGACAGUGGAACGGCUAUGCAAGGAUUAUGGACCAGAGAACGUGACAGUGACAGGCCACUCGCUUGGAGCUGCAGCGGGGAUGCAUGUCGGCCGGAAUAUGGCGGUGAAGUAUAAAUACUAUCUGGACGCGCACCUUUUCAACCCUCCAUUCGUACAAUGGGAAACUCUCCUCCGCUCAGUGACCAUCAGGAUCCAUCCUUACUACUUAAUGGUUCCUGAGAAGGUUUAUGGGAUCGUCACCAAUGUCAGGGAUAAAAUCUCGGAUAAUAUCUUCGAGUUCUUGGAUAAGGAGCAGUACCAGAAGUUGAAGGAAGAGUUUUGGGCUUUGAGUGACUGGAAACCGCAUCUGUACGUGAACAUGAACGACCCGAUCUGCUCCGAGUACGCAUAUUACUUCAGGCAUUACAAGGACCACCCCAUGUUCUACUCUCUGGUCAACGUCUUCCGUCGUGUCUUGUUCCGCUGCGAAGAUACUUCCCACUUGAUCCCCAAGGCCAUACUGUGCCUGGACACGACGCGUUGUGGGUUAAAAGUUAUUGCGAAUCCGCUCAAGCCUCACAAACUGAAGAACUGGAUGGCCUCUGAUCCUUCCGAGCUCUGCUACAAAGUUAUAUAA